AUUGAACAAUGGACUACUCCUUUUCAAAACAUGGCGGCCACCAUGAGUUCGUCAAGUUCCGAAGAUGAAGACGAAAAACAGCGUCUGAGAGAAGCUGUGAUUGAAGUUGCAGCCUGUACAGAGCCAGAUAGUUCCUCCAGAAGAGACAAGAAAGGGAUCCGGAAAGGAGGUUCUCUAAAACGAAGUCUCAGGGAAGUACAGAAAGAAGAUGAAGAAGCCUACAGUACGGGUAUCUCAGGGGAAGUUCGAGACUUUGUAGCCAAGAAACUCAGCUCCUUUCUGGACAGCUGUAUCACAGACAUGGACAACAAUACAGAGAUGGGGAAAGUGACUGAUGAUGAGGAAAGAGACUGUGGUUUUAGGAUAUUCUCCAGCUCUGAUCCUGGUACAGAAGUAAACCUGACUGGAGUCAGUCCACAGGUCAGGAGGAGAAAACAGGUGGACAGUUCCUCUGGAGACAGUGACUCAGAAGAAGAGAAGGUCAGACUAGCAGAGGCGGCGGUUACCCAUCAGGCCAUACUGCAGGCUUCUGCACCCCUCCAGGUGGCAAACACACCUGGACGCACCUGCAGUGAUCCAGCUUCCACACAAGAAAAGGUAGCAUCAAAUAGUACUAACACUGUCAGCAACAACCCUUCUAACCAGGCAGUACCCAAGAAAAAGAAAAAGGAGAGGAAACGAAAAGAGGAAUCCGUUCAAAGGACAGAAGACACCGGUAGAUCAGUUGAUAACGUAAAUGACUCUGAGCAAAGAUCAAGAAAGAAAAAGAAGUCAAAACUAAAAAGCAAGGAUUUGUCUGCUGAAAAGUUGACUCCGUGCCAAAUUAAAAAAAGACAAGAAAAUGGAUGCGGUAAAGAAGGAAGUAAAGUAGCAGCACAUUCUCUUUUGUCAGAGAAACAUCUUAAGGAGAAGAAGAAAAGGAAAAAGAUUUUAGAUAAUAGUUAAAUGUGACCUACUUGAAAAUAAUAAAGGGUAUUGGAUUGUUAUACAAUC